GCGGCCGCCCCGGCUCCUCGCCUCCCCGUCUUCUUGCCGCCCCUCGCCGGUGAGAGAAGAGAACGCGAGAAGGGAAGAUGGGGGCCGUCCUGAGGAGCCUCCUGGCCUGCAGCUUCUGUGUGCUCCUGAGAGCGGCCCCUUUGUUGCUUUAUGCAAACAGACGGGACUUGCGAUUGGUUGAUGCUACAAAUGGCAAAGAGAAUGCUACGAUUGUAGUUGGAGGCUUGGAGGAUGCAGCUGCGGUGGACUUUGUGUUUGGUCAUGGCUUGAUAUACUGGAGUGAUGUCAGCGAAGAAGCCAUUAAACAAACAGAAUUUAACAAAACUGAGAGUGUACAGCGUGUUGUUGUUUCUGGAAUAUUGUCCCCUGAUGGGCUGGCAUGUGAUUGGCUUGGAGAAAAAUUGUACUGGACAGAUUCCGAAACUAAUCGGAUUGAAGUUUCUAAUUUAGAUGGAUCUUUACGAAAAGUUUUAUUUUGGCAAGAGUUGGAUCAACCCAGAGCUAUUGCCUUAGAUCCUACAAGUGGGUUCAUGUACUGGACAGACUGGGGAGAAGUGCCAAAGAUAGAACGUGCUGGAAUGGAUGGUUCAAGUCGCUUCAUUAUAGUAAACAGUGAAAUUUACUGGCCAAAUGGACUGACUGUGGAUUAUGAAGAACGAAAGCUUUAUUGGGCAGAUGCAAAACUUAAUUUCAUUCACAAAUCAAAUCUGGAUGGAACAAAUCGGCAGGCAGUGGUUAAAGGUUCCCUUCCACAUCCUUUUGCCUUGACGUUAUUUGAGGACACAUUGUACUGGACUGACUGGAACACACACUCCAUUUUGGCUUGCAACAAGUAUACUGGUGAGGGUCUGCAUGAAAUCCAUUCUAACAUCUUCUCUCCCAUGGAUAUACAUGUCUUCAGCCAACAGAGGCAACCAAAUGCUACAAAUCCAUGUGCAAUUGACAAUGGUGGUUGUUCCCAUUUGUGUUUGAUGUCUCCAGUCAAGCCUUUUUAUCAGUGUGCUUGCCCCACUGGGGUCAAACUCCUGGAGAAUGGAAAAACUUGCAAAGAUGGUGCCACUGAAUUACUGCUUUUAGCUCGAAGGACAGACUUGAGACGCAUUUCUUUGGAUACACCAGAUUUUACAGACAUUGUUCUGCAGUUAGAAGACAUCCGUCAUGCCAUUGCCAUAGAUUACGAUCCUGUGGAAGGCUACAUCUACUGGACUGAUGAUGAAGUGAGGGCCAUACGCCGUUCUUUCUUAGAUGGAUCUGGCAGUCAGUUUGUGGUCACUGCUCAGAUUGCCCAUCCUGAUGGUGUUGCCGUGGACUGGAUUGCACGAAAUCUUUAUUGGACAGACACUGGCACUGAUCGAAUAGAAGUGACAAGGCUCAAUGGGACCAUGAGGAAGAUCUUGAUUUCAGAGGACUUGGAAGAACCCCGGGCUAUUGUGUUAGAUCCCAUGGUUGGGUACAUGUAUUGGACUGACUGGGGAGAAAUUCCGAAAAUUGAACGAGCAGCUCUGGAUGGUUCUGACCGUGUAGUAUUGGUUAACACUUCUCUUGGUUGGCCAAAUGGUUUAGCAUUGGAUUAUGAUGAAGGCAAAAUAUACUGGGGAGAUGCCAAAACAGACAAAAUUGAGGUUAUAAAUACUGAUGGCACCGGGAGACGAGUAUUAGUGGAAGACAAAAUUCCUCACAUAUUUGGAUUUACUUUGUUGGGUGACUACGUUUACUGGACUGACUGGCAGAGGCGUAGCAUUGAAAGAGUACAUAAACGAAGUGCAGAGAGGGAAGUUAUCAUAGAUCAGCUGCCUGACCUCAUGGGCCUAAAGGCCACAAAUGUUCAUCGCGUGAUUGGUUCCAACCCCUGCGCAGAGGAAAAUGGGGGAUGUAGUCAUCUCUGCCUCUAUAGACCUCAGGGCCUUCGCUGUGCUUGCCCUAUUGGUUUUGAACUCAUCAGUGACAUGAAGACCUGCAUUGUCCCAGAGGCUUUCCUUUUGUUUUCACGGAGAGCAGAUAUCAGACGAAUUUCUUUGGAAACAAACAAUAAUAAUGUGGCUAUUCCACUCACUGGUGUCAAGGAAGCUUCUGCUUUGGAUUUUGAUGUGACAGACAACCGAAUUUACUGGACUGAUAUAUCACUCAAGACCAUCAGCAGAGCCUUUAUGAAUGGCAGUGCUCUGGAACAUGUGGUAGAAUUCGGCUUGGAUUAUCCAGAAGGCAUGGCAGUAGACUGGCUUGGGAAGAACUUGUACUGGGCAGACACAGGAACAAAUCGAAUUGAGGUGUCAAAGUUGGAUGGGCAGCACCGACAAGUUUUGGUGUGGAAAGACCUAGAUAGUCCCAGAGCUCUAGCAUUGGACCCUGCUGAAGGAUUUAUGUAUUGGACCGAAUGGGGUGGAAAACCUAAGAUAGACAGAGCUGCAAUGGAUGGAAGUGAACGUACUACCUUAGUUCCAAAUGUGGGGCGGGCAAAUGGCCUGACUAUUGAUUAUGCUAAAAGGAGGCUUUAUUGGACAGAUCUGGACACCAACUUAAUAGAAUCUUCAAAUAUGCUUGGACUCAACCGUGAAGUUAUAGCAGAUGACUUGCCUCAUCCUUUUGGCUUAACUCAGUACCAAGAUUAUAUCUACUGGACAGACUGGAGCCGACGCAGCAUUGAGCGUGCCAACAAAACCAGUGGCCAAAACCGCACCGUCAUUCAGGGCCAUUUGGAUUAUGUGAUGGACAUUCUCGUCUUUCACUCCUCUCGACAGUCAGGGUGGAAUGAAUGUGCUUCCAGCAAUGGGCACUGCUCCCACCUCUGCUUGGCUGUGCCAGUUGGGGGUUUUGUUUGUGGAUGCCCUGCCCACUACUCUCUUAAUGCUGACAACAAGACUUGUAGUGCUCCUACCACUUUCCUGCUCUUCAGUCAAAAGAGUGCUAUCAACCGCAUGGUGAUUGAUGAACAACAGAGCCCUGACAUCAUCCUUCCCAUCCACAGCCUUCGGAAUGUCCGGGCCAUUGACUAUGACCCACUGGACAAGCAACUCUAUUGGAUUGACUCACGACAAAACAUGAUCCGAAAGGCACAAGAAGAUGGCAGCCAGGGCUUUACUGUGGUUGUGAGCUCUGUUCCGAGUCAGAACCUGGAAAUACAACCUUAUGACCUCAGCAUUGAUAUUUACAGCCGCUAUAUCUACUGGACUUGUGAGGCUGCCAAUGUCAUUAAUGUGACAAGAUUAGAUGGGAGAUCAAUUGGAGUGGUGCUAAAAGGCGAGCAGGACAGACCUCGAGCCAUUGUGGUAAACCCAGAGAAAGGGUAUAUGUAUUUUACCAAUCUUCAGGAAAGGUCUCCUAAAAUUGAACGGGCUGCUUUGGAUGGGACAGAACGGGAGGUCCUGUUUUUCAGUGGCUUAAGUAAACCAAUUGCUUUAGCCCUUGAUAGCAGGCUGGGCAAGCUCUUUUGGGCCGAUUCAGAUCUCCGGCGAAUUGAAAGCAGUGAUCUCUCAGGUGCUAACCGGAUAGUACUAGAAGACUCCAAUAUCUUGCAGCCUGUGGGACUUACUGUGUUUGAAAACUGGCUCUAUUGGAUUGAUAAACAGCAGCAAAUGAUUGAAAAAAUUGACAUGACUGGUCGAGAGGGUAGAACCAAAGUCCAGGCUCGAAUUGCCCAGCUUAGUGACAUUCAUGCAGUAAAGGAGCUGAACCUUCAAGAAUAUAGACAGCACCCUUGUGCUCAGGAUAAUGGUGGCUGUUCACAUAUUUGUCUUGUAAAGGGGGAUGGUACUACAAGGUGUUCUUGCCCCGUGCACCUGGUUCUGCUUCAAGAUGAGCUAUCAUGUGGAGAACCCCCAACAUGUUCUCCUCAGCAGUUUACUUGUUUCACGGGGGAAAUUGACUGUAUCCCCGUGGCUUGGCGAUGCGAUGGGUUUACUGAAUGUGAAGACCACAGUGACGAACUCAAUUGUCCCGUGUGCUCAGAGUCCCAGUUCCAGUGUGCCAGUGGGCAGUGUAUUGAUGGUGCCCUCCGGUGCAACGGAGAUGCAAACUGCCAGGACAAAUCAGAUGAGAAGAACUGUGAAGUGCUUUGUUUAAUUGAUCAGUUCCGCUGUGCCAAUGGUCAGUGCAUUGGAAAGCACAAGAAGUGUGAUCAUAAUGUGGAUUGUAGUGACAAAUCAGAUGAACUGGAUUGUUAUCCAACUGAAGAACCAGCACCGCAGGCCACCAAUACAGUCGGUUCUGUUAUUGGAGUAAUUGUCACCAUUUUUGUGUCUGGAACCAUAUACUUUAUCUGCCAGAGGAUGUUGUGUCCACGUAUGAAAGGAGAUGGGGAAACCAUGACUAAUGACUAUGUAGUUCAUGGACCAGCUUCUGUGCCUCUUGGUUAUGUGCCACACCCAAGUUCUUUGUCAGGAUCUCUUCCAGGAAUGUCUCGAGGUAAAUCAAUGAUAAGCUCCCUCAGUAUCAUGGGGGGUAGCAGUGGACCCCCCUAUGAUAGAGCUCAUGUUACAGGAGCAUCAUCAAGCAGUUCUUCAAGCACCAAAGGCACUUACUUCCCCGCAAUUUUGAACCCUCCACCAUCCCCAGCUACAGAACGAUCACAUUACACUAUGGAAUUUGGAUAUUCUUCAAACAGUCCUUCUACUCAUAGGUCAUACAGCUACAGGCCAUAUAGUUACCGGCACUUUGCACCCCCUACCACACCCUGCAGCACAGAUGUUUGUGACAGUGACUAUGGUCCUAGCCGGAGAAUGACCUCAGUGGCAACAGCCAAGGGCUAUACCAGUGAUUUGAACUAUGAUUCAGAACCUGUGCCCCCACCUCCCACACCUCGAAGCCAAUACUUGUCGGCAGAGGAGAACUAUGAAAGCUGCCCGCCUUCUCCAUAUACAGAGAGGAGCUAUUCUCAUCACCUCUACCCACCGCCACCCUCUCCCUGUACAGACUCCUCCUGAGGAGGGGCCCUCCUCCUCUGACUGCCUCCAACGUAAAAAUGUAAAUAUACAUUUGGUUGAGAUCUGGAGGGGGGGAGGGAGCUUUUAAAGAAGGAUGAGGCAGACCAUGUACAGUUAAAAUUAUAAAAUGGGGUAGGGAAUACUGGAGAUAUUUGUACAGAAGAAAAGGAUAUUUAUAUAUUUUCUUAAAACAGCGGAUUUGCUGCUUGUGCCAUAAAAGUUUGUAUAAAAAAAAUAAAUUUGUACUAAAAGUUUUAUUUUUGCAAACUAAAUACACAAAGCAUGCCUUAAACCCAGUGAAGCAACUGAGUACAAAGGAAACAGGAAUAAUAUAGGCAUCACUGACCAGGAAUGUCUGGGCUUUGCUGAUACCAAAAAAAAAAAAGAGAGAGAGAGAGAGAAAAACUAUUAAGUCCAUCUCAGAGCAGCAAACCAUAGAUACUUGGUAGUAGCCAAAUAGCGUUCAUCAGUUAACUAACAUUUGAGGGCCAACAAGUAAGAAAUCACGAAAGAAAAAAAAAAGGAAUUAAUACUAACCUUGGACAAGGUUAGUAUUUCUUGGAAUUUCUCUAGGAAUCCAUCAAUAUUAGUGAGGAAAGUAGAUAUUUAUAAAAAUCCAUUCUGGGUGUUGCUGUUGUAGGAGGAUCAGCCCUCUGAUAAGAUGCUAUGAAGCUGUGUGUGUGCAAGUCUUCUGUCCCUACCUUUAGAAUUCAUACUUCUGUCAAAAAUGAAUUUUUUCUCUUGGUAUUUUUACCUUGCUGCCUCCCCCAGCAACUUGGUAGGUCAUUUUGCCAAGAUACCAUGAUUUAUUUAAGCUUUUAAGCUGAGGCAUUGACUAAAUGGAAUUUUCUAAAUUAAAGUUUGAUUUUAAUAUUUCUACUAGCUCCAUUCCCCAGUAAGCUUAGCUCUUUAAUUUGACUGCUGUUUUUGCAUACUGAUCAAGAUACUGUUGCUCUUCUUCCAAGAUUGUUUUAAUGCUCAUUAAAAUGUCUUUUUACAACACAUAUAGACAAUGUUUAAGAAUUAAAAAUUUAACCAUUA